UCUAACUCUAUGCGACUCCCCAAGCUCUUUGUUCCUUUCUCGCACACUCUUUCUUCGGUUCUUCCUGUUCAGAAUCCAUCAAUUUUACCCUUUAUCCCUCUGUGGCUUUCAGAUAUGGAUGACUCAUCUCAGGCUUCAGACUCUAAUCCAGCCACAUGUUUAGGUUCUAGGAAUGAGCAAAGCAGGAUGAUAAAUGAUGAUCAGAUGUUUCUCUUGUACUUCAUAAUGGGUACCUACUUUGGCCCUGAUGUUAAAGGAGAGAGGCCUCAUAAGUCAGUGUUGCGGAGAAUAGCUGAGGGACUUCCACCAUAUACUUAUGAGCAACUAGCUGGGUCCCAAAUCAAUACAGCUGAGGUACAGUACGUGUAUUAUUCUGUUCUUAGGAAGGCUGAUCAAUCUGCCAUUGUUGAAUCACCAAUGUUGCACCAGUUCUUCCAUGGUAAUCUCCUCAUCCAAGGACAAGAUGAGAUAGCCAAUUACCCUCAAUUUCCUGAUCUCUUUCCUCCCCUACUUCACUACAAUUCGCAGUCAAAAACCAAAUUUAACUUCUUCGAGAACAUUGUCUUUAUCAGAAAUCCAGAAAUAUCGUACAUUAAGCCAGAAGACUUGGAAAGGUUUAAGAGGCUAACUGGGCUGGAGGGUUUUGUUCUAAAAAGAGAUUCUGAGAGGUUGCAUGCCAAUUCUGAUCGAAGUGUCCAUGAGCCGAAGUCCAAUGGAGAAUCACCUCGUAUUAGAUCUUCUCGAAGCUCUGCGAUGACAAAUUAUGUGGAUGAUCCCCUUAAAUAUAAGGAUCAUCUGAAACGGAUGCUUGUGGUUGCACCGAAGGGUGGUGUGGAAUAUAAUGGUAUGCCUGUCAUGUACAGUUAUAUGGCUCCUUUGCCAACUGGAAAUGGCUCCGCUGAUACACAGAAAGUUGAUCCUGCUACGAUUUUUCUUCCUUCUCCUCCAACUGAAAGAGAGUGGUCAAAUAUUGUAGCUGCGACCAUAAAGGGAUUUACACUGACUGGGAGUGCAGCAACAGGGCAGAUAGGACCAACUAUAGGACUCAUUGACAUUGGAGAGUCAGAGGACUCCUACCUAUUUCGUGUAUCUCUUCCAGGAGUGAGAAGAGAUGAAAGGGAAUUCAGCUGUGAAGUUGAAAAUGAAGGACAAGUAUUGAUAAGAGGGGUUACAAUAACGGGUGAGAAGACAGUCUAUAGGUACUCUCAGAUGUUUGAAAUGCAAACCCAAAAUCUUUGCCCUACAGGGCAUUUUUCUAUCUCAUUCCAGCUGCCUGGUCCAGUUAAUCCCCAGCACUUUUCAGGUAAUUUUGGCACUGACGGAAUCCUUGAAGGAGUUGUGAUGAAACAGUUUGAUGAGAAAGGAUGCUUAUGCUGAACUGAUUCGUAAUUCGUAAUCAGCAGGACUGUAUAUUUCUUUAGGUAGUUCUGUAGGAAGUUUUGUUUUACAACCAUAACUCUGCCUUCUUACCCCUGCGUUUCCUAUUAGUGCUGAUCAUAGCUACUUCUAUGUCUGUAUUGUGACCCUGUUGUAGGGGAUGAUUAUCAAUGUUGUCUGUAUCUAAGUUGCUGUUAAGUCCAUCUUAAUUCAAAGCGUGCACAUAAAUUUCAGGUUU